CAGCCGCACCUCCUCCGGCUCUGCAGCGGCGGCGGGGAGGCAGCGGCGGCGCCUGAGGGGCCGGGGCUGGAGCGGAGCCGGGGUCGGGGCAGCGGCGGGGACCCCCGGAGGCGUGGCCUGCGGGACAGCGAUGGGCGUGGAGAUCGAGACCAUCUCUCCCGGAGACGGAAGGACAUUCCCCAAGAAGGGCCAGACAUGUGUGGUGCACUAUACAGGAAUGCUCCAAAAUGGGAAGAAAUUCGAUUCAUCCAGAGACAGAAACAAACCUUUCAAGUUCAGAAUUGGCAAACAGGAAGUCAUCAAAGGUUUUGAAGAUGGUGCAGCCCAGCUGGGUCCUCUUUCUCCUCUCCCCAUCUGCCCCCAUCCCUGCUAGAUGAGCUUGGGGCAGAGGGCGAAGCUGACCUGCACCCCUGAUGUGGCAUAUGGAGCCACGGGCCACCCCGGUGUCAUCCCUCCCAAUGCCACCCUCAUCUUUGACGUGGAGCUGCUCAACUUAGAGUGAAGGCAGGAAGGAACUCGAGGUGGCUGGAGAUGGUUGCGGCUCACCCUCCUAGCCUGCUCUGUCACUGGGAUGGCCCCUCUUGUUUGGGGCUUUUGAUCAGUGUGCUGACCUCACCGCCCCACGGCAUUAUCCAUGCUCUCUGCCCAAAUUGCUCUGUUUGUCACUGUUCAUGCACAUCCUUGCUCGAGGAAACUUUGGUUGCAGAUGGAAACAUUUUAGGUUGCGCAUUUUGUGUGAUGCAUGUAGUAGCCAUUCCUGAUCACGGAAUGCAGAUUUCUUGUUCGCACAAUCAACACUGCCUUACCUUCACUUAAGCCAGACACACAAGGUGCUCAGAUAUGAAAUGUACAUGGUGUACACAGAGGGACUUGAGCCAGUUACCUUUGCUGUCACUUUCUCUCUCUAUAAAUUCUGUUGGCUGCUCAAACAAUGUCCUCUUUGGAAAUAAUAUAUAAAAUAAAGGUUCUGUGCUUGACAAA